AUGGCCGUCGCGACCAAAGCCGCGGCCUUCGUCGCGUCGUCCCCGUGCUUUGCGGCCUUCCGCAGCGCGCACGUGGCCUCUUCGCUCGCCGACAUUGCUGCAAAGAAGCGAUACAUUGGCACGCACAAUGGUACGUUCCACUGCGACGAGGCGCUCGCGGUGUCGAUGCUCAAGCUCCUGCCGCAAUUCGCCGCGCACGAUGUCCUGCGGACACGGGACGAGGCUCAACUCGCGCAGUGCGAUGUGGUCGUUGAUGUCGGUGGCGUGUACGACCCCGAAGCUCUCCGGUUCGACCACCAUCAACGCAGCUUUGACGGCACGUUCGACGGCCGCCAGACAAAGCUCUCGAGUGCCGGUCUCGUGUACAAGCACUUUGGCCGCGAGAUUAUCCAAGCGCUGGCUGCCCCGACGACGGUGCUGGACGACGAGACGCUGGAGCUGCUGCACCGGAAAGCGUACGAGACGUUCAUUGAGCACAUUGACGGCAUUGACAAUGGCGUGGAAGUCGCAAGUGCGGGCGAUGGCCAGAAGCUCACCUACAACUACCAGGUGUCGACGAGUCUCAGCAGCCGCGUGAGUUACUUGAACCCUCGUUGGAACGAAGACCAGGGCAGCGACCGUGUCAAUGAGCAGUUCCAGCAGGCCAUGUACUUGACCAUUACCGAGUUCACGGACGCGGUCCACGACCUCGUGCACUCGUGGCUGCCGGCCCGUGCACUGGUGGAGAAAGCCGUGAACCAGCGCUUUGAGACGCACAAGUCGGGCGAAAUUGUGCAUUUUCCAGAGUAUUGUCCGUGGAAAUCGCACCUGCACGACUUGGAAGCGAAGCUUUUGAUCCCCGGACAGAUCAAGUUUGUGCUGUACAACGACCCGACGGGCAACAUGACCCGCGUGCAGGCACUGAACGUGGCGCCAGGCUCGUUUGCGCUGCGCACAGGUCUUUUGCCAGCGUGGCGCAGUUUGCGGAACGAGGAGUUGUCCCAAGUGGCGGGCAUUGAAGGAUGCACGUUUGUGCACAAUGCAGGCUUCAUUGGGGGCAACCGCACGUACGAAGGUGCGCUCGAGAUGGCUGUCCGGUCGAUCGAAGCUGCUGACGAAAAGAGCUCGUAG